AAAUUCAUGUUUAUAUUCCGUGUAUCCAUUGUGAAUGUGAUUUAUUAUACAAAGUAACCACUCAUGUUUGCAUGGAAUCAAAGUUCAAAAUACCAGAAUAAAAGCUUUGCAAGUCACUGCAAAAAUUCGUAAUCCGGUUUCAUUCUGGAAUAUGUCGAAUUUUCAAAAUCGUUGGAUUUUUGAGUUAAAAUGUGGAUAUUUUAUAAUGACUGAUUGAGAAAAAAAUUCGGCUACUUGAUGUAAUUACAUGCACCCUUCAACAAUGUCAUGGCCGUAGCCUCUUCGAGUUCUUUUGGUAUAACAAAUUAUUCACGAUUUCGGGAUACAGCGAGAAGAUAUUUAGUCGAAAUGACCCUCAAAAACACCGUUUACACGCCAAUUUCUACAGAAUACGUUGGGUCAAUGCUACCUAAUAGUUCUAACCCAGAUGGCUUGUCCGAGAUUCCGUUAGUCAUUUCGUCACUUAACGAUUGGGAAAAAGAACUUAUUAGCUACUAUAUUGUAGGUGUAUCAAUGAUAAGUGUUUGCUGCAUUGGCCUCGUUGGAAACUUUUUAUCUCUGAUUGUAUUGACAAGGCGAGCCAUCGGGGCCUCAACCACCAACACUUACCUCAUUUCCUUAGCAAUAGCCGACAUGUUUGUGCUUAUUGCGACGAUACUAACCGCCGUUAAAGAUUCCCGAAAACCUGUAGCCGGUAGAAUGUCCUGGUUAGUUUGGCAGGAUGCACCUAUUGUUCCACGAGCUUACCCAUUCUGUCAUGCCACAGCGAUAUUGUUUCAAGUCACAUCUGUAUGGUUAACAGUUGCGUUUGCUGCAGAUCGCUAUCUAAUGAUAUGCCACCCGUUCUGGGCCAAACGAUGGUGUACUUUGAAACUUGCCAAAAUUAUAAUUAUUUUAAUUUAUUUAUUCAGUGUAAUUUAUGGAAUCCCACGUUAUUUUGAAUACAAAGUUUUUGAAAUGUAUCUACCACUAAAUCCUACUUUAUUAGAGUUCCAAUACGGUGAUCUCACACCUAGUAGUUUAUCUGUACAGAAUUUAUCAACUUUUACAUCUGUAAUUUCCGAUAACGGUAUGAUUGGUGAUGGUUUUGCCAGUGAUUCGAUGACUAGCAUCUCAAUAGUUUGGUAUCAGUUAACCAGUUUCGGUGAAUCAGCUCAAUUUCGUAAAGCUUAUCAUCUAUGGUCAUGGGUUUUAUUAGUUGUUGGGAUACCAUUCACUCUGAUUGCUAUCAUGAAUACAUUUCUUAUUUUGGAAGUACGUAAAUCAAGUCGAAAGUGUGUUGAUCAAACCAAACGAUCAGAAUAUCGACGACAGGAUACAAACAUUAUGCUUAUCGGAGUAAUAAUUAUAUUUUUUAUAUGCCAGCUUCCAGCUGCUGUGAGUCAUAUAGCCUGGGGCCUUAUCACAAUAGAAUCUAGUAAAAAAAUGUCAUGGUUUCUUUUAAAUGAAGUCGGAAAUUUACUGAUCAUUGUCAAUUCAGCGAUAAAUCUCCUACCUUACUACAUAUUCAGCCGCAGAUUUCGUCGACAUUUUGUCCGAACAUUUUGGCCUUAUCGAUGUGUUCGAGAUAACGGAUUACAUUGCAUCUACAUUCCGGAAUGGGCUACAAGGUCUUUGAAUAAUAAUGAUGAUGAAGACUCUGAAUUAGCUGGAACAGCAACACAAUAUGGCUAUAAUCCUAGAACAAAUUUAAGAAAUUAUUCAAACUACCGUUUAAGUAUUUAUCGUAAUAAUAGUUCCAGUUCUCGUUCGAGGCCUAGUCUUCCAUCAAAUAUUAGAGAAAGCUGUGAAUCACAAAAACUUUUUUCUCACAUAUUCAGACCUAUAUUUCAUAUGAGACGAAAACGAACCAAAGCCUCAAGUAUAUCCUCUGAAUUAAAACCAAUACCUGUAGAUAAAGGAUUAUUAUCAAAAAAGGUACUACUUAGUGAUUGUAAAAUAAUUGAUGAUAUUAAAUCGAACAGUCAUAACUUGUUGGGAGACAUUACUUGUUCCAAUAAUACUAACAAUAAAAAUUUAAAAUCUAGUUCAUAUACAUUACCUUAUCGUGGAUCUAAUUCAUCUCAUUCUUCUGUAAGCUUUCUAGUUCUUACAGAUAACAAUUUAAAUGAUAAGCAUUUAAAGUUAAUACAGAAGAAAAAGUCUAUCAGUGAUUUUAGAUUUGAUAAAACUAGACAAUGUGAUCAUAAAAUUGAUAUGGAUUACGAGACAAAAUCCAAAACUUGUACAACUAAUAUUAAUAGUAAUAACACUAAUAACACAAAUGUAGAUAAAAAUAAAAAUAUUCCCAUCAAAAGUAGUUAUAAUAAUAAUAAUAAUCUUAAAAAAUCCUCUUUAAUCUACCUUCAAAGUUUAGAAGAAAUGUCAAGUAAUCCAGAUAUAGAAAACUUAUAA